UCCAGUGUUCUGUGUUCUUUUGCGCUACCCCAAAAUUUCUCUUUCAAUAUCGGCUACAUCACAUAGUAGUACAACCAACAUGCGUGAAGAGUCAGAUUCAACUGUUGAGCAGUUAAUUUUAAACAAAAAGAGAGAGGCAUUGGGACAAUAGUUGUGAAGGUGAAAGAGCCGGAUCCUGAUCAUCUGGAGCGAAUCAGGAUGUUGCAAGGAAGUUUCUAUUUACUCCACUGAGCACAGGACCCCACCAAUGAUUUGAAUUUAGAAAUAUCGAUGACAUGAGUUAGGUUCGAAGGGCGCAGUAUAAUUUACCUAACCUACCCAGGCACGAACCGCGGACGACGAACAAGGAUGAUUCGGUGAGACUUGCUGCUUCAAGUCGGUCCGAAACCUGUGUCGCAGCAGCGUUUAUCUAUCUAUCAGAGAGAAGUGAUAGAGCAACCACGUGCAAAGAAAGAUGUUGUAGGAAGAAGUUUAUCUUCCAUGACUUUCGGCCCGCGUAGAAUCGCACCGGUUGUACUCAUGCUUUGUCGGUAAGCCUUGGUGGUGGAUCAUAGCGACGUUUGAGGGUUCUUGCGAAGGUGCUGUGGGAAGAUCACAUCCUCGAGGCGACCAGAACGCGAAGGAAUUGUGGAGCAAGAUCCAUGUCUUGCGAAACGUUCUUCGUGCAGAAUCCGAAUGGACAGGUGUCCACCAUCGCCGGAGCGGACGCCAUCGAGCCACCACCCGCGAACCCUAGGAUAACCUGCCACCAUUGCAGGACGCUACUGGAGUACCCCGAUGGAAGUACUGACUUAAAAAAAAUACUUGAUGACUCUAUUUUCUAUUGGAGCACAGCGGCCUCACUACACCCGCAUGCUACCGCAUUACUCGAAUGAUUUAUGGAAAACGAUUGCGAUUCCAGGACCAGGACUGGGAUGUAAACUUGCAUGUCAACAAGGGCACCCCCUCUGUGUGGCAAAAAUGUACGUAAAACUAACAACAGGCUCCUACGUGCAGUGCUUUGUCUGUUCUGCCAUGAAUGCAGUCGUCACUACAGAAGCAACCGCAGAGGGAGAAGAGUACCCGAUCGGAGGAAGGACAAUCAACAUGCUCUGUGCGGUUUGCGGAACAUCGAAUCUGGGUAAGUUUUUAUCUGUCUUGCUAGUUGUCCGUGGCAAAAAGAAAGGCAAUAUAAACUCCCCCUUGCGACUAUCAUGAAGACGUUCGGUCGUGAUACUUAAAUAAACUUGUCAUCGUGCAACAUGAUUCAGUACACUACCUGUCACAAUAAACAUUAUCAACAGCUCCAUGGGGUACGCACUACGUAAGAUGUGGUAGCUGCGGCACGGUGUCGGACGUGAGCCAUAUCUACCACCGCGCCUCUCAGCACCGACGCUCGCAUGGACAAGGGGCACAGAGCGGCGUAGGGUGAAGGACGUGCUUCUCCGCAUCAAAUUGAGCCCAGUUUUGAUUGCCGCAGAAGUCUUUGAUCACGAAAAAUAGAGAAUCGAUAGAAGAAGUUGAUACUGAAAGCACACUUGUACUUUUUUUGUCCCUAAUAUUUUACGUUGUUUUAUUCACCAGGCUCUGCUGGAUACUUUUGAUGAAAGAAGAGUAUCUCUUGUCACCCCUGUUGCAGGCGCGCACGUUGUCAUAUACACAGGACCUCUUGGUGGUGUUUGUAGGACUUGUGCGCGAAAGGAUACAAAAAAUACAGGAGAUUUGAAAAUAGAUUGUACGUAGACAAGAUAUGACCCUUAGAGGAAUCGGUGGUAGUACUGGAAAUAGGAAGAUUCCUUGGUACUAGAGACGUGAUAGGCAAAGACAACGACGGAAAAUACAAAAAUUUCCGGGCACGGGACUAGAAAGAGAUGUGAUGAUUUUGAGGAAUUCUGAAACUGUUUUUUGCAAAGUCAAAAGAGCGCGGACAUGAUAGAUCCACAUAGAAAUACGAUCGGAAAUAAGUAGUUGUGGUCCA